GUUUCUCUUUGAUACAAGCCUGUGUGUUAUUAAGGAUGGCGGCCGUGGUGUUUAAGUGAAUGCUUGGAAUUGUUGUUUUAGCAUUUUUAAUAUAUAUUUUAGAAAGAUGAGCAGUACCAACCCACUUAAAAUAUGCCGGUUGUGUAUGUCGAAAGAGGGAGUGAUGGUACACAUCUUUGAAUCACCCCAAACAAAGGAACAACCGGUUCCGUUGCCAGUUAGAAUAAUGAUGUGUGUUUCUAUUAAGGUUGUGGCUGGUGAUGGUCUUCCUUCGAGAGUAUGUCGUCAUUGUAUUCGUCAACUGGAUAGGUGGUAUGCCUUCAAUCAGAAAUGUGAGAGUUCAGAUGCUGCACUGCGUCAGUUUGCUGUGAAGCCGAAACCAGAGUUGGUUUUGGUAAAGGUGAAAAUCACUUUUUAAACCUGCAUGUACUGUUAAAUUACAUUUGUCACUCAUUAUAAAGGCAUAUUCAAAAUAUCCUGGAACUGAAAUGUUGUAAUUCUGAUAUAUUCUAAUGUAUUUGUAGAUUUAUAUAAAGCAUCAAAUUUCUUAAUAAUUAUUAUAAUAUCUUGUUGUCAGUAUUAUUCUUCCUUCAGACAAAAUUAUACUCUGAGGGUACGUUGCAUAACCGCUGGUAAUGCCAGUUCAGGUAAAGAACAAAACAUUCAUACUUCAACAUUUUGUGCUUAUAAAUUCACUAAAUAACAAGAGGUGUAUAUAUUAUGGAGUGGGGGGAGCUUGGCCAUAUGCAGGCCCCAAGCUACCAAGGGCCACUUUCUGCCUUCAUGCAGUCUGGAUUUAACUGUUAAUAUUCUUAUUUUUAUUUCUGUUUUAUAUAUUUAUUUUUUAAUACCAAAUCACAUAUAUUUUUAUUUCUUGCCAUAUACAAUGUAUAUUGUGUGCCUAAUAAUGUGAACCAUUAUUGUCUGGUUGUAGUGGUUUGAAACUCCCAUUGUUAGACUGCUGGUCAGAUUUAAAUUAUGAGUAAGAUUUGAGGUUUUCAUUUCAGUGAGUCCAAAGAGUCUUCUGGCUUGUAGCACCGUGAGUCUGGUAAAAGUUUACAAAUUGAUGAAGUACUCUCGGGUUACGAGCCGCGUCACGUGUCUGAAUGGCAAAAAAACCACAUCUUCUGCCUGCCGAUUCGGUUUAUCCACCAUUCAGCCACUUGACACGGCUCGUAACCCGAGAGUGUUUUGUCAGUUUCAGUCGCCUCGAAAGCUUCAUUCUAUACAUAAGUUUACAAAUGUUUCAAAGGUCUUUGCUGACUCCAUUAUCAGGGCACUUAUUGCCUUGAUGAUGGAGGCAGCAAUGAUCUCUGAAACAUUGGUAAACUUCUACCAGACUUCAUGGGGCUACAACGCAGAAGAUAGUCACCUUCUUUAAUUAUGAGGUUUAACUGCGUGCUACCGCAACAUGUUACCUGAUGUGGCAGCUGGAUGGAUUGUUCAUAAAGGAUGAAUGUGAAAAGACUGGUGAUGUUAAAGAUGAUAAUGAUAAUUUUCAUGAUGACGAUGGUGAUGAUAGUAUUGACGAAUCUAAAGAUGAGCUGAAAGUAGAGAUAAAUGAAGAACCAGACUCUUUGGAUAUUGACAUAGAUCUGAAACACGAUGAAAAUGAUUCGUUGCACUCACAAGUGAACUCUUCAGCAGAAGAGCAUGGCAGCUCAAGUCUAGGAGAAGAUGUCAGUCCGCCGGCAAAGAGGAGCACCGCAAAGAAGAAGCGAUCAGGAAACCGCACCCAUCAGUGUGAUGUUUGCCAAAAAGUGUUCACUCAGGCUGGAGACCUUCAGAUUCAUAAACGUAUUCAUUCGGGUGAACGACCUUACAUCUGUGACAGCUGUGGGAAAAGCUUUCCCUCGUCAUCGAACCUGGCUCGGCACAAGCGCACGCAUUCUGGCGAGCGUCCGUUUGCAUGUCCACUGUGCGCCAAGCGCUUUUCAGUUCGUAGUGCUCUACGGGAACAUGAGAAUGUUCAUUCAGGUAAAAAACGUUUCUUAUGCCAAGAAUGUGGGAAGAGUUUUGCUCAGAAAGGUAAUUUGAAGAUUCAUGAAAUGCUUCAUACAGGAGAGAAACCACAUGCUUGUCAAGUCUGUGGAAAGUGCUUUGCUCUUCGGGGUAAUCUCAAGGACCACCUUAACAUUCACUCGCAUGAACGUCCUUUCCAGUGCACUCAGUGCUCUAAACGGUUUACACAACGCUCCACUCUUAAGGAACACCUAAAAGUGCAUUCUGGGGAACGGCCAUUUCCCUGCCUCCUGUGUGGCAAGAGCUUUGCAUACCGCAAGACGUUAAAAAUUCACAUGAAUAUUCACACUGGGGAGAAACCGCACCAGUGCGAGCUUUGUAGCAAGAGUUUCUCUGAGCGCAGUCAUGUAAAGCGGCACAUGAAGAUACACAGCCUCAUGUAACACUUCCUUUGCUUUUGCUUCUGCUGCAAAGAUGACAGUGUUAAGGGACUUAGGACUGCAAAGCAGCUGUCAUUUCUAAGAAGGGAUUGAAAGGAAAUAAAAAAAUAAGAACUUCAGUGGUUCUCGGCAUUUUCUUGUUCACAUGCCGGUACACAGCGGUGGGCUUUCUAAUGACUGAUAUCUUAUUUGUCUCACCUUUCUCAGUAUAAAUUACAGUGUACAAAUCUGAUUUCUACUAGCUCAUGUAGACACGUUUAUUUAAAAAAAUAUAAAUGAAUCCUUUGGAUCAUAUUAAUGUGAGACGUGAUCACCCAAAUUGAAAAUUUGUGGUUAUAUAUUGUGCUUGAGCAGUUACAAAAUAAAUUAAGUUUCUGGGA